AUGUUGCUCCUCCACCAGGUCGGUAGCGUCAAGAUAGGCGAGGUUGUCCGCUAUACCGUCACCUACAACCCAUCUCGCGAUCGCAUCCUGCCCUCUCCCGAAUACCUUCACCUUCGAAUCCGCAACACCUCGCCGAUCCCACUCCGCGCUGCUUUUGUCCACGGACCAUAUACCUUACAUGUUUCGGCGUAUCCUUCACACUUCGACCCUAAUGUCAAAUUCGAAAAUCCUCGCCGCUAUGGUGUCCCUGAGUUUGAACCUAUGCUCAAGGCUGGCGGCACAUGGACGUGCAAGCUUACGGUCCCCGACAAUAUCCGCCAAAGUGCCGGUGCUGGCGCUGCGGCGGGGAACUUCCAUGCACCACCUGGCGUAGGCGCCGACGGUGAGCCUACCACGGCGUGUUGGAUCAUCGAGGUUGCCAGCCAGGUCAUGUUCUCAUCAAGCGCUGCCGUUGGUUACGAGGUUCUCCUUGCGCGUGACGAGAAGAGCUUCAACAUCAGUAGCCUCCCUGCCGUGGGAAACUCCUCCCAGGUUCCGCAGCCGGGGCGGGUGAGCGACUUCCAGCAAAGCGUCGGCGCCAAGGACGGACACCACCCUGCUCAGCACAUGGGUGUCUAUAGCAAAGCUAUCACGCUUACUGUUGAGGACACAGCGAGUCUUUGGAACACGCCAAGGUUACCAGACAGCACCAAGCACGAGGUCCAACAUAUCCCCAAGACGCUGCCAAGCCUCAGUGCGACGGAACUGAAUCCGAAGCCGCAGCGCAAGAAGAAGGUUCACCUCGUCGUGCUGACGCACGGCUUGCACAGCAACCUUGGUGCGGACAUGCUCUACAUGAAGGAGAGCAUCGAUGCGGCCGCAAAACAAGCCAGAGCGGACAGAAAGGCUAGGAAAGCCAAGGAGAAAAGCCAGGCGGAAACAGCUGCUCCAGAUCGUCCUCACGAAGCCAGAUCGGGUGAGGGGUGUGGUGAAGACACAGACGAUAACGAGGAAGACGACGAGGAAGAAGUCAUUGUCAGGGGUUUCUCGGGGAAUGCGACGAAAACCGAGCGCGGCAUCAAGUUCUUGGGCAAACGGUUGGCACGAUACGUGCUCUCGAUGACCUACCCAGACCAGCCGUAUCUGCCAUCAUUUCAAAAGGUGGCUGAUGGCAUACCGACAGCUGUCAAGCACGACGAUCCAAAAUCGCAGACCGAGGAAGGCGUGGCCAAGUCCGCCCAUAAACACAGCACAAUUCACUUGCAUAAACAUACGGAAGAGGCCGAGCGGGCUUACAAGGUGACCAGUAUCAGCCUCAUUGGGCACUCAUUGGGUGGCCUUGUCCAGAUGUAUGCCAUUGCGUACAUUCAAAAGCACUCUCCGGAAUUUUUCACGCAGAUCAAGCCGAUCAACUUCAUUGCCAUGGCUUCUCCUCUGCUCGGUCUCAGCAACGAAAACCCCAUCUACGUCAAAUUUGCGCUGGACUUCGGUCUCGUUGGACGCACUGGGCGAGAUCUGGGCCUCACAUGGCGUGCUCCAACAAUUGCAAGAAGUGGCUGGGGAGCGCUUAUGGGCAGCUUAGGGGAAUCCGCCCACAAGAAGGUCGUUGGCGAGACACAGCCAGAAUCGAAACCUCUCCUGCGUAUUCUGCCUACGGGGCCGGCCCAUACAGCGCUUAAGCAGUUUCGGAAUCGCACAGUCUACUCAAAUGUGGUCAACGAUGGCAUUGUACCAUUACGGACUGCCUGCUUGUUGUUCUUGGACUGGCAAGGUCUCGGCCGUGUGGAAAAGGCGCGGCGCGAGGCUGGUCUUGUAGAGACCGUCAUGGGUUUUGGAUGGGCUGAGCUCACGGGUGCCAAUGUCUCCGCACGCCGUGGGCCAUGGCAAGCAGAGCGGGAAGAAGAGGUCUCAAUACCGCCUAGCCCUUCGGACCCCGAGGGAAGCUCGCACGAUGGCUCGCGUGAAGUCCCUCAGCCGGCGGAGAACGCCAUGCUCGAAGACGACAGGCAAAGUUUACACUUAGCUGCUUCUAUGCGGGAUAAGUACAAUGACGGUUCGCCUGGGCCAGAGUCUACAUCUCAGACAAACAACGACUUUCCAUUUGCUGGCAUCUUCAACUUUUUCAAGUCUGGCGAUUCUUCAAAAGCCCAGAAAACACCACCGCACUCGCCGCGUGACAACAGAAUAUAUCGGCGAAGUCAGACCUUGAAGGUUGAUGAAUCUCGAGAUCAAUCGACUUCUCCGGCAAGGUCCACGGUCACAUCAGGGAACGAGUUGGAGGAGGAGCACGAGAACGGCCCGCCUCCACGUACCACGAUCCUAGAAGCCGCGGGCGACCUUUUGAACCCAGUCAUGCCCACUGUUGACUACUUUCUCGAUCCGUCAAAGCGUCCGCGCACAAUCUUCCAUGAUCGCGUCUACCACCCGUCAGACAUCCCUCCACCACCUACGAAGAAGCGCUCUACCGGGCUAUCUUUUCGGAGGAAAUCGUACACAUCAGCCAAUAGCCAGUCUAGCACAGAGUCGCCACCUCACAGAGGCACUGGCGAGAGCGGUGCAUCAACGCCCCACGAGCCGCCCACGCCAGGCAUCAAGAAGGCCGACUCAACCUUGUCGACGGGAGACUAUUACGACAGCAAGAACCAUCCAAAGCUAGACCCCGACGAAGUGGUUGACAGUUCGAGCAUGAAGGUAGAGGAAAAGAUUGCGCGAGCUUACCAUCGAGAUCUCAGCUGGCGCAAGGUCCUUGUGAAAAUGGAACCCGACGCACACAACAACAUUAUUGUGCGACGAAUGUUCAGCAAUGCCCACGGAUGGCCCGUGGUCAAACAUCUUUGUGACACGCACUUUAGCGACGCAGCCUCUGCGCGCACUGCCGAUUCCGCAGAGACGAAUGCAGAACGAGCCAAAGCCCCCCACGAGGAUCCCAGCUCGAUGGGCGCGGAAACCAGUGCACAGCCUCAAGGCAAGAGCUACAAUAUGGACAGCAGCCGGAGAGAGAGCUCAUUGGCCCGUACUGAUACUGAGAACCUCGAAGCCGAUGACGACGUGCCCGACCUCCCUUCCCAGGCGCAGGAGCGCGGCUCGGCACCACACAGCACGCACCAUCACCACAGCCACUCGACAUCGUCGUCUUCUUCGUCACCAUCAGCCUCGAGGCCAUCUCCCAAAAGGAUAGACUCUGCAACAUGGAGCGAUCGUGACUUUGCCGACAGUGGCGACGACUCAGAAUGGGACGCCGACAUCGCUUACGGUGGCGACAAUGCCACGCGCCUGCAGCCACCGCCGUCAGCCAAACUGGCGAGUGCGAAGAGAGGUGAUGCUGGUCAUGAUGAGGGCGGUAGCUCUGAGGCAAGUGGGUGGAAUUGGACCGAGAAAAUUGUUGGCAAAGGGGCACAGAAGAAGAAGCAGUCCCCCUCCUCUACCGUGCCGGCGUCGACAACUGCAGGGCCUAUCAGUCCGACAGCAGCGACGCCGACGGGCACGGCAUCGUUCUCACUCACGUCGUAG